AUGGAGAGGAGUAGGAGGAAGGAAGUAUGCUUUCUUGAUAGAGAGAGUAAACAAUGGAACAAUUUUCCCAGAGAUAUUAUGAUUGAAAUUUUUAGGAGAUUAGACUUCAAACAACUUAUCUCAAUUGUGCCUUUGGUCUGUUCACUGUGGCGACUCGUAUCUCUUGAUCCUCUUUGUUGGGAGCACCUUGAUCUUCGACAAUGGAGGAUGAUCUCUUCGGGAAGCCGGGAUAUACGCAGGCAUAUUUUCGAUUUCGCUGAGCUUCUCGAAUUCGUGGAUGCUCUGUGGAAAGCUAUAAGACAGUGGAGAAAGCUUGAAGUGAUGCACUUGAUGUGCGUUGCAAAUGAAGAAGUCUUGCUAACUAUUGGCCAAUUUUGCAAGAAGAUAACUAAAUUGAAGGUUGGAGGGUGGUGGAUGACGAAAGAAGAGGCAUCAGCCAUUGCCAAUUCCAUGAAAAAUCUCAAGACUUUGAUUUUGGACUAUGACUUGGUGUCAAAGGACUCCUUGCUCAUCAUAUCGAACGGUUGCAGGGGCCUUAAAUCCCUUGAACUUUGUGGACGUGAAGGCGUUGCAAUUGAUGAUGAAAUCCAACGGUCAGCUUCACACCUAAAAGUAUUCCGCUGGGAGAAUCCAUCUUCUUUUGUUUAUGGGUGUCUUCGCUGA